CGGAAAUUAAAUCUUCAUAAAACUUGACUCUCAUUUUUUUGAUUUUCCACUCCAGAUCUCAUCUGAGAGAAACACGCCAAAAUCAUACUCAAACCGUCGAAAAUGGGAGUAGAAAUCGCAAGCGAAGUAUGGCAGCUUAAUCCGUCACUUUACUUAUUCAUUAUCGUCGCUUCUUUCCUAUCAAUUUUCAUCCUACCUCACUUCUCCAAUCGAACGACGUCGUCUUCUUCCGACAUUAAUGUCAUUUCAUCCUCUCUCUCCUUCAAAUUCCAGCGGAAAUUCCUCGUUCUCUACUCUCUCUCCUCAGUGUUGGAAGGUUUAUGGUUGGUGUACGGAGAGUAUGAAAUUGUAAAUUAUGGACUGAAUAAACAGCAGAUGAUAGUGUUGCUAUCUUCUGGAUGUUUAGCUUCGCUUGUUCUCGGCACUUUAUUAGGCAUAUUUUCUGAUGCAUUAGGCCACAAGAAAUUUUGUCUUCUAUUUUCCAUCCUACAUUUGAUCAUGGCUGUGUGGAAAACACUUGCAGCUCAUCCUGCUAUUUGGGUAGCCAGCAUCUGCUUGUCUCUCGCCAGUUCCAUAUUUUCGUUCAGUUUCGAAAGUUGGAUGGUGGUUGAACAUGAUAAGCAAGGGUACAGGCAAGAUGCAUUGAAUGAUACUUUUUGGUUGAUGAGUUUUUUUGAGUCAACAUCUUUGAUAUUAAGCCAAGUUCUUGCAAACUGGGCUCUAGGCCAUGGUUCUAUGAAGGGUCUCAUUUCUUCUUCAGUCAUAACUAUGCUCUUGGCAUCUGUCAAUCUUGCUUUCACCAUCAGAGGAUGGCCAGAAUCAUCAGCUCAGGGAAAGGUUAAGGAACAUAGAGCAGCGUUUACUGUGUUUAUUUUUGGAGACAAACGGGUAUGGCUAUUGGGAUGUGCCCAAGCUUGCCUUCACUUCUCUGCUGCUGUAUUCUGGAUUGUAUGGGCACCAACUAUAGUGGCUGAUGGGCGUGAAGUGCAAUUAGGGUUUAUUUAUCCAUGUUUUUUGGGUGCAAGGAUGCUCGGAAGCACAACUUUUCCAUGGACCCUGAGUGGAUUGCUAUCACUUCGUAUUGAAGAUUGCUUAUUGUAUGAAUUCAUCGCUGCUGGGGUUAUCCUGUCGAUUGUAGCAUAUGAUUACCAGGAAAUAGGUGUAUUUGUUGCACUUUUCUGCUUAUUCCAGGCUGUUGCUGGCCUUAUAUUGCCAACUCUUGCCAGGCUGAGGACCAUGUAUGUGCCAAAUGAGUUCCGUGCAGGGAUGAUAAGUUUGUCUCUGGCUCCAGCAAAUGCUGCUAUCUUGUGUGUUCUAAUCCAGGGUGGCUAUUACAGGAACGUCAACAAUUCCACUAUAACUGCCUUUGCUGCCCUGGGAUUAUUUUUGGCCGCAGGUUGCAUGUACAUGUUGAAGCAUCUGGGCAAACAGCCUCACCAGAGCUGGCACAAACAAUGAUCCUAGCAUCGCCAUUUUUUUGAGGUUAAUGCUGAUGGAGACGAAUUUGAAAGGGGUAGAGAUGAUUUGGUUUGUUGAUACUUUGAUGCUGAUUUUAAGUGAAAAUCCGUGAAGUUAUACUACUAAUACUAGGUACAGAGUAUUACUUUAUGAAGUUCAGAAAUCGAAAUCUCAUGGAAUGUGGAGACACUGGUUCAAUAUUGCAUCCUAGAACAGGCAUUCUUCUUCUUCAGCCAAAUAAUGUACAUCGAAUGGGAAAUAUCAGCCAGUCAACUAGUCAAGGCUCCAAACAGAGGGGGUGCUUGGGAUAGACUAAAGACCUAAGAGCGAACUUCUCUCCCUCUCUCUGUUUUUUUGUUUCUUUUUCUUUUUUUCAUUUUUUUUGGCCGCAACUUCCAGCUUGUAUUUUGGAUCACAAUCUUUUGAACUUUUGAGAAUUUGUCAACCAGCUGCAGCUUUGACAUUUUUUCGGAUGGGUUAUUAUCAGAAAGAUUGCAGAUUA